GGAUCACAUUGAUUUGAGCGGUUGCAACCCCAUUGAGUCAGAUUCCUCAGCUCCCUAUGGAUUCCUACGGUGACAACAUGCGCGGAGGAGGUGGACCCCGCUACGGCGGCGGCGGUGGUGGCGGCGGCGGCGGCGCCGGUGGAGGAUACCAGCCCCGCGAACAGCAAAACCAGAACCGUAUUUUUGUUGGCGGAAUCAGCGAAAGCAUUCAGAAGGAGGAUCUGGAGAGCGUUUUCUCCAAAUACGGACGUCUAACCAAUGUGUGGGUGGCCCAGAAUCCUCCCGGUUUUGCAUUCGUUGAUUUCGACGACAAUCAAAACGCUUCGGACGCCGUAGCCCAAAUGGACGGUCAGGAACUCAACGGCAUGACGCUGAAGGUGGCUCCGUAUCGAGGACGUCGCAACAACCGCGGCCGUGGAGGUUUCCGUGGUGGUGGAGGUGGUGGCGGACGUGGAGGUUUCGGAGGUCGCGGUUCCUACGGAGGAGGCCAGCAAGGCGGCUAUGGCCAGCAACAAGGUGGUUACGGAGGCGGUGGUGGUGGCGGCGGAUACGGCGGAGGCAGCUACGGCCAGCCAAGAAGCUACGGAGGUCACCAAGGCGGCGGUGGUGGCGGCUACGGCGGAGGAUACGGGGGCCAGCAGGGAGGAUACGCACCCCACGUCUUGGCGAGCGUUCCGAACCGAGAGUUCGGAUUUGAAUCAUUCCUCGAAGGCGACGGUCAGCCGCUCCAAGUCAACGUGACAACAUUUGUGUGGUUCAUCGAUGACAUCGACUUGAUAACAUCCACAUUCUCCCUAGGCUUGAUGGUUCGUCUUCGGUAUAAGGUCCCGAGGGAAGUCUGCGAGCAAUACUUCCUGAUGGGGGAGCGAAUGUGGAUAUCGAGACCUAGCUUCGGCAAUACGAUAUCGAUACCUGGCGAGAGUGUAAAUCGGGUCUGGGUACCGGACUUGUAUCUCGAAGAAGCUUUCGAUGUUCAUUUCAUGAAUCCGCUCUUGAGAACUGAUUAUCUCGAGCUCACGAAUCUCAUCGAUGAUACCUCGACUGGUCAUUGCGUCGGGAAGUACGUGGUCAAGUUCGUCGCCAAAGUCGCCUGUCCUACGGAUCUGACUGGCUAUCCGAUCGACAGUCACAACUGCGAACUUCGUUUGAGGAGCUUCGCCUACGGGCCGGACCGGGUGCGAUUCAGGGUCGCGAACUUCUCGAAACCAGCUUUCGUGCGGAAUCCCAACCUGUUGGCCAAUACCCUCCGAGUCUCCUACCGAGCGGAUCGAUCAGCCGACCCGGGAGAUUCGAUCAUCGCAACGUUCAAGUUCAGCCGCGGGAUCGCCAACGCUUUCCUGAGCAUUUUCGUACCUUCAAUCAUCCUGGUUUUCGUGAGCUCUUUGACGCUGGCCCUGACUCGUGAAGCAACCCUGCAGAGGGUGAAUAUGUCUGUAGUGGUGCUCCUCGCUUUCUACACCGUGCAUAAUGACGUCAAGGACCAAAUGCCGCCCACCAGAUCAGGCACAACACGAGAAUCCGAGAUACGACGGACGAAACAGGGUCAGCAGAUUCUCGCUCUCUCGUUCAGUGUUCUCGUGAUUGUGUACUUGGUACUUGUUUGCCUGGAGAGUUAUAUCAAGAGCUCCGAGUGA